AUGGCCUCUAUCCUCCGCUGCAGCCCCAAGCUGCGCACCGUGGCCCGCGUGCCCGCUGCUCGCGCUCUCUCAACCACCGCUCGCCUUCAAGCCGCUGAGAAGCCCUUCUUCCCCAAUGAGCCCGCUGCUCCUUCGCUCAAGACCGCCAUCCCCGGCCCUAAGAACAAGGCUGCUGCGGCCGAGCUCGACGAGGUCUUCGAUGUCCGCAGCUUGAACAUGCUCACCGACUACCAGCAGUCCAUUGGUAACUACAUCGCCGAUCUCGAUGGCAACAAGCUGCUUGAUGUCUAUGCUCAGAUCGCCUCCAUCCCCGUUGGUUACAACAACCCCCACCUCAAGCAGGUUGCCCAGUCCGACGAGAUGAUCACCUCGUUGAUCAACCGUCCUGCUCUGGGUAACUUCCCCUCUGCCGACUGGUCCCAGAUCCUGCGCACCGGUAUCCUCAAGGCUGCCCCCAAGGGUCUGAACCAGGUCUUCACCGCUAUGGCUGGUUCCGAUGCCAACGAGACUGCCUACAAGGCUGCUUUCAUGUACUACCGCCAGCUUCAGCGUGGUGGCCCCAACGUCGAGUUCACCGAGGAGGAGCUUCUGUCCACCAUGAACAACCAGGGCCCCGGUUCUCCCCAGCUCUCCAUCCUAUCCUUCAAGUCUGCCUUCCACGGCCGUCUCUUCGGAUCCCUCUCCACCACCCGCUCCAAGGCCAUCCACAAGCUGGAUAUCCCCGCCUUCGACUGGCCCCAGGCCACCUUCCCCACCCUGAAGUACCCUCUCGAGGAGCACGUCCAGGAGAACGCUGCUGAGGAGAAGCGUUGCCUCGAGGAGGUUGAGCGCCUCAUCAAGGAGUACCACAACCCCGUCGCUGCCGUCAUGGUUGAGCCCAUCCAGUCCGAGGGUGGUGACAACCACGCCUCGCCCGCUUUCUUCCAGGGCCUGCGUGACAUCACCAAGCGCACCAACGUUCUCUUCAUCGUCGAUGAGGUCCAGACUGGUAAGGCCCAGACUGCCGGUUACUACUUCGGCAACCCUGCUCUGCGCCCCAACAAGCCUUACCGUCAGUUCAACACCUGGAUGGGUGACCCAUCCCGUGCUCUGAUCUUCCGCGGUAUCAUCGAGGAGGUUGAGCGUCUCGGCCUCGUCGAGAACACCCGCGUCACUGGUGACUACCUGUACGCUGGUCUCGACCGCCUGGCCCAGAAGUACCCCGCCCACUUCCAGAACCUGCGUGGUAAGGGCCAGGGUACCUUCAUUGCCUGGGACACCCCCAAGCGUGACGAGUUCCUCGCCAAGGCCAAGACUGUUGGUAUCAACAUUGGUGGCAGCGGUGCUCAGGCUAUUCGCCUGCGCCCCAUGCUGGUCUUCCAGCAGCACCACGCUGAUAUCCUUCUGGAGAGCAUUGAGAAGAUCAUCAAGCUUCUCUAA